ACUGUUCAGUAUAUAUAUUUUGACACAGUUGAUCGAUAAAAUCAAAGCCAAGAUCUAAAAGGCAACUUGGCAGAACCUCCAUCACCUAAAGAACUUGAAAUCAUGUGCCAAAUUGAAAUGUCAUUCAUUUCAAGGGAACUGAACUAGAAGUGUAUUUUUUAUUUAAUGUCAAGUUUGUGAUAAUAGUUGAGAAAAACUAACAUUCAUCUGGAUGGAUGGGAUUUGCUUCAUUAAUGCAAGCUUUGUGCUGAAGAAGGGUGGGUGAUGAUAGGUCGAGGCGCUCAGCAGUUUGAUGAUGUCAGGCCUAGUUCGAUUCUGAGAGUAACCUUCCUUCCAGCAUGAGGGAUGGGUCUUUGGAGGCCCCCGAAAUUAAUCCCUCAUCGUCUGCGAGCACGUCAUCUUCUUCUCGCUUGCGCACUGUCAGGGCAAAAUCUAGCUCGCUAAGUUUCAUCUCGUCAAAGUAUGAGAGUUUAGACUACGACACGUGCGAGAAUCAGCUACUUGUUGACGAGGAAAACACAAGAGGUUAUCCCUACAUUAUCCAAACUGAUGUAGCACGAUGGUUCGUGUUCUUUCUGAUUGGAUUCCUAUCUGCAGGCAUUGGAGUGUUUCUCGAUAUAGCCAUCUCACAAAUCGCAGACUUCAAAUACGGUGUGCUCAAGCAUUAUAUGGACGAGUGUGUACAAGAGAAGUGCUUCUAUCUCACUUAUAUGCUAUGGUUGUCCUUUGUAAUAUUUCCAGUUCUCGUAGCAUCGAUAUUAGUAGUUUACGUAGAGCCAGCUGCCUCGGGGAGUGGCGUGCCAGCAGUGAUAGCUUACCUCAAUGGAGUCAAAAUGCCUCAUGUCGUAGAAUUUAAAGUUUUAGUUGUGCGCGUAUUUAGUACUAUUGCAACUGUAGUGGCAGCUCUAGCCGGAGGAAAGGAGGGCCCGAUGAUACAUUCAGGUGCUAUAGUGGGAGGGCUACUGGCGACGUUCCACCUGCCGGGAUGCGAUUGCACGGAUUCAGUCUUCCACUAUUUCCGCGAGGACCACGAGAAGCGCGACUUUGUCGCUGGGGGCUCUGCUGCAGGGGUCGCCGCUGCCUUUGGGGCGCCUGUUGGUGGAGUGCUAUUGAGCUUAGAAGAGGGAACAAGUUUUUGGAGCCUCUCGUUAAUAUGGAAAAUAUUUCUAUCAUCCAUGGUAGCAACUUUCACUCUUAAUUUAUCGCUAAGUGCUUAUGAAGGACAUCCAGGUCAGCUAACUCAUCCUGGUCUGUUAUUUUUUGGAAAGCUGAACGAUUCGAUAACAAAUUACGAGCUUUUUGAGCUUCCUAUAUUUAUCGGGAUGGGAGCCAUAGGCGGACUCCUGGGGUCUGUUUUCGUCGCAAUCAACAUGAGGCUGGCUGUUUUUCGCAUGAAGUUUAUCAAAAACAAGUGGUGUAAACUUCUGGAAGCGCUUCUAGUAGCAUUUCUCACUGCCACUUCAGGAAUAGUUUCAAUUUAUGCACUCGACUACUGCCACCCAGUAACUGAAACAAGCCCAAAAUACGCUGUCAAGAUGUUUUGUAAAGACAAAGAGUUCAACGAACUCAGCUCAUUUUGGUUCCAAAGAGCAGAAGACACAUUGAGAUCUCUCUUCCACGAUCCGAAAGGUUCUUACACGAGUGUGCCGCUGUUUGUAUUCUUCUUGCUGUACUACACAAUGUCAAUAGCGACGACCGGACUCAGCGUCUCAGCCGGGGUGUUCGUUCCCUCCCUGCUGGCUGGUGCAUCAUGGGGUCGAUUGAUUGGCAUCGGCAUAGAAAACUUUUUUCCAAAUUCGGAAUGGGCUGAGCCAGCAAAAUACGCGGUGAUAGGUGCGGCGGCACAUCUUGGCGGAAUCUGUCGGAUAUCAAUCAGUUUGACUGUGAUGAUGAUCGAAGCCACCGGCAAUAUUACGUUCGGGCUGCCCCUCAUGCUCACGUUGAUCACAACCAAAUGGAUCGGAGACCUGUUUACUGAGGGUAUCUACGAGAUGCAAAUCUACCUGCUGGGAGUUCCCCUGCUGCCAUCAGCUCCGCCUCCUCUGUCCGCCAACAUCAAAGCAACUGACCUGAUGAGUUCGCCGGCCGUUGUCUUCCCCUCCAAGGUGCGCGUCGGUCGCAUCAUCGACACACUCGAGAAUGUGCCUCACAACGGAUUCCCCAUUGUCGACACCUCCUUCACCUCCACUCAGGUUUAUUGUGUCAGAUCAACAAGGGGUGUUUUAAAAUCGGUGGGCCGCUUAAGAGGCCUUAUUCUGAGAUCGCAACUCAUUGUUCUGUUGAAAAACAAAUCCUUCAAUGAACCACCUCCUGCUAAUAGUGAAGAUUUGAGGAAAAAGCUACGCAUGUUCCGUGAUGCCUAUGCUAAGAAUCAGACCUUGGAGCUACGGAAUGGAUGGAUUGAUAAUGUCAAGAUUACAGAAGCUGAAUACGAGAAAGUGCUUGACCUUAAACCAUACAUGAACCCAUCACCUUAUACUGUAAAAUAUGAUGCCUCCUUACCUCGGAUAUUCCGCUUAUUCCGUGGCCUUGGACUUCGACACGUCGUCGUCCUUAAUGAUAUAAAUGAGGUUGUUGGUUUGGUAACGAGAAAAGAUCUUGCCAGAUAUCGCACUUGGAGACACGCUGGUACAAUGGGCCUCAAAGAGUUGAGAGUAAGAGUAUGACAAGCACUUCACCUUGGAGGUCCGUCGGAUCGGAGCUUGCAGCCGACUGCGCUGCAGCAUCGAUGCGGGGACAUAGCGGACACCGUUGAAGAGGUGUCUGACGUCAUGUGACAACGCGCCCCGCGGACUGAGCCGCCCCUGGCUCUGAUCCGACUCAACUCCCAGGUAGAAAACACUCCGACAUCGCCACCAGCUACAGAUGUCGCUGCACCGCGGACUCAGUCAUCCCUGGCUUUAAACAGGCUCACCUCCCAGGUAGCCAACACUCCGCCUCCAUCAACAACAGCCACUGAUCUCGCUGCCCCCGGGACUCAGCCACCCCUGGCACAGAGCAGGCUCACUUCCCAGGUAUCCACCACUCUGCCACCGCCAACAACAGCAAGUAAUGUCACUGCCCCCCGGGAUAAGCCGCCCGUGGCUCAGAACAAGCUCACCUCCCAGGUAGCCACCACUCCGCCACCAACAACAACAGCAAGUAAUGUCGCUGCCCCCCGGGCUCAGCCGCCCCUGGCUCAGAACAAGCUCACCUCCCAGGUAGCCACCACUCCGCCACCGUCAACAAUAGCAAGUAAUGUCGCUGCCCCGCGG